CUUUGUUCACGGAUCAGGCGGAGCCGCCGCCUCUUCCGUUCCCUUUUCAUCCAAGAUGGCGGGGGAUGAGUCUGGUACAACGCUCGGUCAGCCUCACCUGGCCAGGCAGGACCUCGGCACGUUGGACGUGUCCACCUUAACUCCUCUGUCUCCAGAGAUCAUCAGCAGACAGGCCACCAUUAACAUCGGCACCAUCGGCCAUGUGGCCCAUGGAAAGUCCACAGUAGUGAAGGCCAUCUCCGGCGUUCACACCGUCAGGUUCAAGAACGAGCUGGAGAGGAACAUCACCAUUAAGCUCGGAUAUGCUAACGCUAAGGUCUACAAGCUGGACGACCCCAGCUGCCCCAGGCCCGAGUGCUACAGGUCGUGUGGCAGCAGCACCCCUGAUGAGUUUCCCACAGACAUCCCCGGCACCAAGGGCAACUUCAAACUGGUCCGACACGUAUCGUUUGUGGACUGUCCCGGUCACGACAUUCUCAUGGCCACCAUGCUGAACGGCGCCGCCGUUAUGGACGCCGCCCUGCUGCUGAUCGCGGGGAACGAGUCGUGUCCUCAGCCUCAGACGUCGGAGCAUCUGGCUGCCAUAGAGAUCAUGAAGCUGAAGCACAUCCUCAUCCUGCAGAACAAGAUCGACCUGGUGAAGGAGAGCCAGGCCAAGGAGCAGUACGAACAGAUCCUGGCCUUCGUGCAGGGAACCGUUGCUGAGGGCGCUCCCAUCAUUCCCAUCUCUGCGCAGCUCAAGUACAACAUUGAGGUUGUUUGUGAGUACAUCGUGAAGAAGAUUCCCGUUCCCGUCAGAGAUUUCACCUCCGAGCCGCGGCUCAUCGUCAUCAGGUCGUUCGACGUGAACAAGCCGGGCUGCGAGGUGGACGACCUGAAGGGAGGCGUGGCCGGAGGCAGCAUCCUGAAGGGCGUUCUGAAGGUGGGCCAGGAGAUCGAGGUCCGGCCCGGAAUCGUCUCCAAGGACCAGGAGGGGAAGCUGAUGUGCAAACCCAUCUUCUCCAAGAUCGUGUCUCUGUUUGCUGAACACAACGACCUGCAGUACGCCGCCCCAGGAGGCCUGAUCGGUGUUGGGACGAAGAUCGACCCGACGUUGUGCCGGGCCGACCGCAUGGUGGGUCAGGUUCUGGGAGCCGUCGGCGCGCUGCCGGAGAUCUUCACAGAACUGGAGAUCUCCUACUUCCUGCUGCGGCGGCUGCUGGGCGUCCGCACCGAGGGUGACAAGAAGGCCGCCAAGGUCCAGAAGUUGUCCAAGAACGAGGUUCUGAUGGUGAACAUCGGCUCGCUGUCGACCGGCGGCCGCGUCAGCGCUGUGAAGGCUGACCUGGCCAAGAUCGUCCUGACCAACCCGGUCUGCACUGAGGUCGGCGAGAAGAUCGCGCUGAGCCGGCGUGUCGAGAAACACUGGCGUCUCAUCGGGUGGGGACAGAUCCGGAGAGGCGUCACCAUCACACCAACCGUCGACGACGACUGAGACGACGACGCGCCGCUCCUUUAGGAUUUUUCAGUUUCAUUUUUACAGCUGGGACAUUUCACAGGUUUAUAGACGUCACCUCUGCAUUUGAGGAGACGAAGGACGCAGGAGGAAGAGGAGUCCAGUCGGUGGCUGGCCUCAGAUUUCACAACCAAUAAAAUCUAUUUGGAAGGAA